UAUCUGCUUGGUUUCGAACUUGUAAAAUAUAUUUGUGAAAAUUGUGAACUUAAACUUGGUUACAUAUAUAUUUCUGUAGAAAUUUACAAUGACAGAUAUAAACGACAUACUGUUCCAAGCCAUGGAGAAAAAAGAUGUUAAAAAAAUAAGCGAAUGUUUACAGGAGAAAGCUUCCUUAGAUGUAUGUUUAGAACGAGCUAUUAAUGAGAAUAAUAUGGAAAUGGCGACAACUCUGAUUGACAUGGGUGCAGAUCCUAAUUGCUCAUUUGCGUCAUGCGUUCAGAAAGGUAAAUUACAGGCAACGAAGUUGUUAAUAGAAAAAGGUGCAAAUACUUGUCAACGAGACAAAUCAAAGAUACCUGUCCUGUCCUUGGCAAUAUCUACAGGAAACUUAAAAAUUAUCAAGCUUUUGUUAAAGAAUGGGGCCCAGUUCACGAUUCACUCAGGUUUAAUGAGAGCAAUAGACAAACAUAAUCUGGAAGUAGUGCGCUUAUUAAUAAAACGAGGGGCUACUGUAAAUUUUUUGGGCGAGAAUGGGAUGACACCAUUAUUUCUGUGUUUGACUAAAGCGGAACCGAAUUUUGAAAUUAUGAAUGAACUAAUUGGAAACGGUGCGGACCUUAACAUGGUUACUCCACAAGGGUUACCUUUACUGGCAGCUAUAGAAAGUGGAAAUUUAGAGGUCGUGAAGCAACUAAUACAAAAAGGGGCAGACGUUAAUAAAUGCGAUAAAAAUAAAAAUUACCCUAUCAUCAGUGCCGCAAAGAAAAGUUAUAAAUUUGUGGAACUUUUGUGUAAGAGUGGAGCUGAAGUGAACGCGACAAAUAGUGAUGGAGAAAAUGCUUUAUUUGAAUGCGUACGUCGACACAAUUUUGCAAUGGUGGAGUAUCUAGUAGAACGAGAAGUCGACUUGAAUCAAAAAAGCAAACGUUUUAAUAAUACGGUGUUGGAGAUAGCUUUGAGAGAGUUCAAUUUUCGUACUUUUGAUUUUUUGUUAAAGGCGGGGGCUAACCCUGAUUUAGCAUCUCGGGCUAUUGAAGAAAUGAUUCGAGAUGAACCGGAUUUUGACAUCUAUAUGAAAAGACAAAAAAAUAAGAAGUGAAGUCAAAAGAUAAAUAUUUGUUAUUGUAAAUAAAACUGUUACUGCCGUU